GUCAGGGCCAGGCAGCCUGGGCGGGUGACAGGUGGGUCAACAUUAGGCCUGGGUCACCCGAGCGGGCGGGUGACAGGUGGGAAAUACCCAGUAUUACCCACCACCUGUGGCCGUUCAAGUGAUCGUACGAUGAACGCAUUGGACGGCAAAAUGGUGGAUGUCGGCGUUGGCUCUUCAUCUGCAUCGUCCAAACCGGACAUGAUGAAACUGAAAAAUGCGAUUCACCGUGCUCUGCAGAAAGGCGGGCCUGGGGCACAGUUCGUGCUCAAAGAAGAGAAAGCCAGCUUUGCCCAAUGUUGGCAGAGAUUUGCCCAUGUCUGCCACACGGACGGAACGCCUGUGAAGGAGUUUGACACAGGUUAUAUGGCUUGUACGAAGUGUCACGCUGUUUACGCGUACGAAAUGCGUCAUGGUACAAGCUCACUGAAUGGCCACAGAUGUCGGCUAGUGGCAGCCGAUGCCGGCGCAAUGCGUCUAUUUGCGACAACGGUCCAACCGACCACGUCACAAAAGAGACAAGUUGCAAGGUCAGCCGCGAUGAUGUGUUGUGAGGAUCUGAGACCAUUUUCCAUCGUAGAGGACGCAGGGUUCCGUCGGUACUCGCAAGUUCUUCUUGACAUAGGGAUCAGUGUCGGUAGGGGCAUGAAGGUAGAUGAUUUGAUUCCCUCACGCUUCACAGUCAAGUGUCAGGUGAUGGGCGAUGCAGAAUCACUCCGCGAUGUUGUCAAAGCAAAGUUGAAAGAACACUUUGCCGAAAAAAUCCAUGCAGGGUUCACAGUUAACCUGUGGACCGACUCGAUUAAGAGAACAUCUUUCAUGUCCAUCACGAUCCACUAUAUCGACGGCGCUUUCAAACUGCACGUACGAACACUUCAAGUGUGGCCAUUGCACGACGAAUCACAUACCGCUGUCUGUGUCCUGAAAGCGUUCAAGGAGGGUCUUUAGGAAUUCGAGUGUGAUGAAAAUGAACGGUGUGUAGUGUGUUCGGAUAGUGGAUCGAACAUGUGUGGUGGUGAGGGUAUUCAGAGUAAUUUCAAAUGGUUGUCGUGCAGCGAUCACAAGAUUGCCACGGUUUUGACCACUGUCCUCAACAAAACCACAAGCACGACAAACAGAAUCAAGUCAGCACCAUUUU